AGGUCAUUAGUUUAAUUUAACUUCAAAUGUCCUAAAUUACAAUUUAACAGUUUGAAUAUGAAACUUUUAAAAAACUUUGGACUAAUAUUAGAAACCAAUUUUUCAGGAGAAUGGUCGAAUUCAGAUGUUGAAACGAUUGUAAACCAGGCCAACAGGUUGGAAGUACCACCACCAACUUCUGAUGCACAUACCAUCAAUGGCAGACCAGGGUCACUCUUCCCGUGCUCUCAGAAAGAUACUUUUACUAUGGAAGUGGAGUCAGGAAAAACGUACCUCCUGAGGAUCAUCAAUGUUGCACUCAACGACCAGCUGUUCUUCACCAUCAGCGGUCACACCAUGACUAUGGUGGAAAUUGAUGCAGUUUACACCAAGCCCUUCACGACACGAGCCGUCUUGAUUGCAUUGCACCAGGCCUUUCAUGGAUGCACCAGUUCCGUGGAUAACAAGACAGUCACAGCCUUUCUACAGUACAAGGGAAUGCCCAACACAGUUCUAGCAUCAUCCUUGCCCACAUUUCCUGCUCCGAACAACACCAAGUUUGCCUUGAAUUAUAACAGUAAGAUCCAGAGUUUAAACAGCCCGCAAUACCCAGUGAAAGUUCCCCUGAAAGUGGACCACCGUCUUGUUUACACCAUUGGUUUGGGGGCAAAUCCAUGUGCCACCUGCCAAAACGAAACUCGACUAACGGCUUCAUUGAACAACAUCGCCUUUGUGAUGACAAAAAUGGGGCUUCUCCAAGCUCAUUACUUCAACAUCUUAGGGGUGUUCAGGAUUGAUUUCCCUGACCGUCCACCGGUUCCGUUCAACUACACCGAUGCACCACUGACGGCUAACCUGGCGACAUCAUCAGGAACAAAGCUGAGAUUCAAUUCAACCGUAGAACUAGUGUUACAGGACACCAAUCUCCUCACUGUUGAGUCACACCCGUUUUCAUCUUCAUGGUUUCAAUUUCUUUGUCGUCGAAAGUGGGAUAGGAAACUUCAAUUCGGCCAAAGAUCCAGCUAAGUUCAACCUAGUUGAUCCUCCAGAAAGAAAGACCGUUGGAGUUC